AUGCUCGAACUGACGUCCAUGUUUCCUCGAACUUCGGUUCGUCGGAGGCGUUCAUACUCAGUCAGGCCCUUCUACUGGUCUCUCGCGAUCUUCACCAUUCUUGCGACAUUCAGUUGGGGAUUGGGACUUUGGAGCAGUCACUCAACCGCUCCAGGCAUUUCCAACCCCUCGGCUGGUCUGCUUUUAGAACGGGAAAGUGAAGUAGAGUGCCGCCUGGUCCGCAACGCGAAAGAUCAAUGUGCCUUUGUCCGCUCGAAUUGCUCAGACGAGGAAGACGGCUUCUUUUCGUACCUUGAAUUAUACUACUGUGUCCUUGCAGAUGCGAAGCCGGUCGCAUUCAUCAUUAUUGUACUUUGGCUGUCCCUGCUUUUCAGCACGAUCGGAAUCGCGGCGAGCGACUUCCUGUGUAUUGAUCUGAGCACCUUGGCCAGUCUCCUCGGCAUGAGUGAGAGUCUGACCGGUGUCACAUUCCUUGCUUUCGGAAACGGAAGUCCUGAUGUUUUUUCGACUUUUGCUGCCAUGAGGUCUAAUAGCGGUAGCUUGGCUAUUGGAGAGCUUAUUGGAGCUGCAGGAUUUAUAACUUCGGUGGUUGCUGGCUCAAUGGCGCUGGUUCGCCCGUUCAAAGUCGCUCGCAGGAGUUUUGUUCGUGAUGUUGGGUAUUUUGUUAUUGCGAUAAGUUUCAGCAUGGUUCUCUUGGCGGACGGCCGCCUUCAUGCUUGGGAGUCAGCUACCAUGGUGGCACUAUACUUCUUCUAUGUCUUGCUGGUUGUGACGUGGCAUUGGUACAUUGUUCGGCGCCGUCGAGUGCAGGAAAGGACCAUGGCCGCUCGGUCACAUUUCCAUAUUCCGGACAAUCAGGAGCUGGAUAUCGAAGAGAUAGAAGACGAUGAUCCUGGAAUGGCAUCGGAAUCGACUAGUCUUUUGCGCGGUGCGACUACCGAAGACUUCAACGCUCUGGAGAGUGCUGAAGCCCCGGCAUGGACGGACGCGGAUGAGGACGACGAAACUCGCAAUCGACAUCUUGCAGAAAUUCGGAAUAAUAUGCGCGUAUCUCGACCUUCAGCGCAGAGGCGCAAUACGCUCAAUCCAAUAAGGCCGAGCUUGGUUGGUGCGUUGGAGUUCCGGUCUGUCCUUUCUUCCUUGAAACGAUCGCGAAGUCAUAAUCGGAGUCAUUUAAUUGGUCUUGAAAGAUACUCGGACGUACCGGAUAGUGCACAGGGGUACCGUUCGCAGCCAGAUAAUAUCUCCAUAGCAUCCCAUCCUCAAAGCAGCCGCAGCCAUGCCAACGACUUUCUUUCACCUGAUUACGGAAUCAAUCGAGCACGAGCUGUAUCUGCAAACGAUGCCGUGGGUUUGAAAUUAGAUACCAGCCUAUUUGUUGGUGAGGCUGCAUCGCGACCCAAAUUGACCGUGAGCAGACCGUCUAUCGAUGAUGGAUCUAGCACGGAGGUUUCGCAUAUUCUUGAGUCCCAGCAUGGCACAGACUCGACGAAAUCACCUACAUCUAGCGCAUUUUCAUCGCGCAGCCCGAGCCCGAGCCCCAGUCCAAGGUCCGGCUCCAGCAUACAGAAUACUACUUUGCUUGCGCCUCCCGAUGCUUUCCAUUCUCUCAACUAUUCGGAAGCAGCAUCUGAUUCGCGCUCGACGCUACAAGUAUCCCCAAAGGGUACCAAAUACCCUGCAGAGCGGCAAGAUAACAACUCAUCCUGUGCAUCCAGUCCUUUCCCCUUGCUUCAUGAUGUGCCUGGGUCGCCAUCAUCUAGGCCUCCAAGCAUUCGUCUGCCGGCGCCAUGCAGCUCAAUAGAGCCGCUAUAUAUUCACGAAGGUAUUGACAUGGGGAGUCGACGUAUGUCCCCGGUUAGUUGGUGGCCUCGCUCGCGAUCUCUGCUGCGAUUGACCCUGUCUACGCUUUUCCCAACCUUAGAUGGAUGGAAAGCCAAAACAAUCUGGGAGAGAUUCCUAGGUAUUGUCGCAGCUCCUAGUGUGUUCCUUCUAACAAUAACGCUUCCCGUUGUCGACCCUGCGCCGCCUGAACCUACAUCAACUACCGUGCCCGUCAUCGUAACUUCUGCAGAAGAUGAUUCGAAUUCAGCGACGCCUAUUGUGCGUCUGCCUGAAGAUAGCCCAACCCUGCAGGCUCAUCUUCCGGCGUCUGUCGCAGAACAGACAGUGGCAAGCCAAGACAACAAAUUUCAGCUGGAACGGCAGCGCUACGAUUCUGAGCUUCCUGCCGUGCACGAUUCUGUCCCGACAGCCCGAGAAUGGUACCCGUGGCUGGUCUAUAUCCAGCUCUUCACAGGUCCACAAUUCGUUGCCUUGAUCGUAUGGUCUGCGAUAGACCCGGACUUGAUGGUACGGACCUUCCUGCUUCUUGCACUAUGCGCUCUUGUCUUCGCCUUGGUAUGUCUUGCCGCUCUCCUCCUUAGUGAGCGCCGAAGCCGCAGCUCUGUACGUCACCCACCAGCCUCAUGGCGCCCAAUUCUCGCAUUGCUGGGUUUUAUUGUCGCCAUUUUUUGGAUCGCAACUAUAGCCACGGAAGUUGUCAGUCUCCUCAAGACCCUCGGAGUCAUCCUCAAUAUUAGCGACUCCCUCCUCGGUCUUACAGUUUUCGCUGUCGGAAAUUCGCUCGGCGACUUGGUCGCCAACAUCACCGUCGCCCGUCUUGGAUAUCCAGUCAUGGCUUUGAGCGCCUGCUUCGGUGGCCCCAUGCUCAACAUCCUUCUUGGAAUUGGCCUUGGUGGUCUAUAUAUGACCUUACAUUCCAAGAAGGCCCAAACUAGCGCAGACGACAUCACCUACGACAUCACCGUCUCCAAAGUCCUUGUCAUCAGUGGCGCCACGCUUUUGACGACUCUGGUUGGAUUACUGAUAGUAAUCCCUUGGAAUAAUUGGCGGAUGGAUCGUAAGAUCGGUUGUGGUCUUAUUGUCCUUUGGUGUGUGAGCACGUUAAGCAAUGUUAUCGCUGAGCUUGUUUCCUGA